UAUGUGAUACAUAUAAUGUUAAAAAAAAAAAAAACAUCCUUUAAGCUUUUAAUAUUCUGUGAUUAAUUAUAGAGAUACACCAGAAAUCAAGAAAAGUUAAAAAUAGAAAAAUAGAUUUAUUUUAAGUAACAGAGCUCAGUAACAGAGAGUUCUACUGGAGGUGGAAACAAGCUGUUGAUGUGGAGCUGUCCUUGGUGCUGAACGCCUCAAUCCAAUUACCUCUCUCUCUCUCUAUUUCUCUCUAUCUCUCUCUCUCCCUCUCUCUCUCUCUCCCUCUCUCUCUCUCUUGCUCAUCCCUUUAUUCUCUGUUCCUCUGGGCCGGUGUCUCUUCGGGCCAGCUGGUUCAUACUUCUUCUUCUUCUUUUCUCUCUCUAUAUAUUAUCAGCUGUGUGUUUUCUCCACAUGGAGCUCCUCCCUGAGCAUCACACAUCUCUCGGGACAUUUCCUCUCUUGCGCUGAUUUUUUUUGUUGUUGUUUUUUUUUUGUUUGUUGUUCGCCAAAAUGUGGCUGAUCUCCAGCGGUCUGUGCGCUCUCGGGAGGCUUCGCGAAUCAGCGUCCGGAGAGGAGGCGAGGCAGCUGGGAUAAGAACUAGAGAACUACCCUGGGGUGCUAUGGUGGGACCUCCUGGAAGAGACACAGUUGGGCUUUCCCCAAAUAUCACCUUCACUUUCCACAGAGCCAUGGAUCAAACCAGGAGUUUAGUGGUCUGAACACAGCCAGGUGAGCUUGGUGGGCCUGGGCCACCUUCCCCACAACUGACUGACCACCAUCAUCAUCUCACUGAGCCUCACAGCUCCAGACAUUCACACACAUACCACUACAACCUGUCUGAGGUAACCCACUCCCACAGUAGGACACACAUACAGAGCAGACAUGACGGACAGAGUGAACUUCAGCACGCCCAAAGUCGGCCCGCGACCCGCCGCAGGUCCCAUGCUCCCCCCUGAGCCCAUCGACAUCAUCCGCAUUAAGGCCCGCUCCCGGCGGGUCCGGCUCAACGUCGGAGGUCUCACACAUGAAGUCCUGUGGAGAACACUGGACCGGCUGCCCAGAACCCGUCUGGGACGGCUAAGAGACUGCAACACCCACGAGUCGCUGCUGGAGAUCUGCGAUGACUACAGCCUCAAUGAGAACGAGUACUUCUUCGACCGGCACCCGGUGGCCUUCUCCUCCAUCCUCAACUUCUACAGGACGGGGAAGCUGCACAUGAUGGAGGAGAUGUGCGCCCUGUCUUUCGGCCAGGAGCUGGACUACUGGGGGAUCGACGAGAUCUACCUGGAGUCGUGCUGCCAGGCGCGGUACCACCAGAAGAAGGAGCAGAUGAACGAGGAGCUGAGGAGGGAGGCGGAGACGCUGAGGGAGAAGGACGUGGAGGAGGAGGAACACGGUUGCUGUCCCGACAAGAGACAGAAGCUCUGGGAUCUGCUGGAGAAACCCAGCUCGUCUGUGGCUGCAAAGGUCCUGGCUAUGAUCUCCAUCCUGUUCAUCAUCAUUUCCACCAUCUCGUUGUCCCUAAACACCCUACCGGAGCUCCAGGUGGUAGAUGAAUUUGGACAGUUCAAUGACAACCCCAGUCUAGCCCACGUAGAAGCUGUCUGCAUUGCCUGGUUCACCAUGGAGUACAUACUACGUCUGCUCUCAGCACCCAACAAGUGGGAUUUCAUCAAAGCACCACUGAACAUCAUUGAUUUGCUGGCUAUCCUGCCUUACUAUGUGACCCUCUGCCUAACGGAGUCUAACAAGAACGUAAUGCAGUUCCAGAACGUGCGCCGUGUGGUCCAGAUCUUCCGAAUUAUGAGGAUCCUGAGGAUCCUGAAGCUGGCCAGGCACUCGACAGGACUCCAGUCUUUGGGCUUCACUUUGCGAAGGAGCUAUAAUGAGUUGGGUCUACUGAUCCUCUUCUUAGCCAUGGGCAUUAUGAUCUUCUCUAGCUUGGUGUUCUUUGCUGAGAAGGACGAGGACGCCACCAAAUUCACCAGUAUCCCUGCCUCCUUCUGGUGGGCUACCAUUACUAUGACUACUGUUGGUUAUGGAGACAUCUACCCACAAACCCUGCUGGGCAAGAUUGUAGGUGGACUUUGCUGCAUAGCCGGUGUGUUGGUCAUUGCCCUUCCCAUCCCAAUCAUUGUCAACAACUUCUCUGAGUUCUACCGAGAGCAGAAGAGGCAGGAGAAGGCCAUCAAGAGGAGGGAAGCUCUUGAAAGAGCGAAACGGAGUGGAAGCAUUAUUUCUAUUAACCUAAAGGAUGCUUUUGCACGCAGUAUGGAACUCACAGAUGUGUUGGUGGAAAAGAGAGAGGACAGUAAGUGUCCUCUGGACAAUAACCUGUCGCCCAGCCGCUGGAGCUACCACAAACACUACACCAAUGCAGAGGUGGGUAGCCCAGUCAAGUCCCAACAUUCUCAUUACCUGGAAGUGGCUCAGCAAGGCUCCCCUGAACGGGUCAAGUCUCAAACUACCCCUCAAAAACUCAACGCAAAGCGACUGGAAGACACUUACAACAAGACGGCAGCCAUCCGGGAGCAGCCGGAGAGAAACAAAGAGGAGCAGAUGGAGAUGAAAGCAUUGACUUCCACUCAAGCCCGACAAACUUCGCCUGAAGUUGCCAGGAAAUUCUCCAAUGUGGUUGAUGAACUUUUAGUGGAAAGAGGGGAAAGAAGCUCUCUGCUCCCCAGCGCUGAAGGGGAUAACACUAGUGCUAGAAACCCGCGCAUCCCCCCUCCCUUGGAUCUAACUCAGAUCAGCACUAUUGAGGUGAGCAAAGGCCCUGACAGCAUCCAGCCAAUGGCCAUUAUUAAAGAGGGUUUGUAUGAGUUUGUGUCCACCCCCAAAGGAAGUGGGACUGGAGAUAUGGAUAUGGAAAGUGUCGAAAGCUCUGGAAUGACCUAUGACAGCAUCUCCAGCUCCUUGCAAGAUUAUAGCAGCCCUAAAAAGACAAGAGCCCACAAGUUUGACUUCAUUGGAUCCCAAGACGACGUGCUUAUGGCGGUGAUGACACCUGUAGCAACCUUGGCCUCCACUGGAUCAGCCAAGCUUGCUCAGCUGCUUUCCGACGACAUGGUUUCCAGGUUCUCUCCCUCUCCUAGCUCUGUAACCCAUGAAGUUAAGUCUCCGCUGGCAAUCCUGCAAUCUCUGUCUCCGGCCCAGCAAUCUGUCAGUCCAAGCAACUCCCAGGGGGGAGGUGAGGGUUCAGCAGCCAGGAGCUUAGAGGGUGAAGGGCAGCUCACAGGCUUAAGCCACCAGGAGAAGAAUCACAUGGAAAGGUCUGCUGUCGGCUCAGGCAGCAGCGCUAGCCCACUGCAGUCUAAAGCCAGCCCGCUCAACUGCACCCAGGAGCUAGCAACUAUGGAAGGAGGGGAGGAAGAAGAAGAAGGAAGGGAUGGAGCAGAACAGAGUAGGGAGAAACGAGAAAAUCACAUUGUUCGGGAUGGAAACGCGUCACCACCCUGUGAAACGCCCAUGUGAGCCGGAGAAAAGUUCACAGAUGGGGAUGCCAAAUGGAUGGGUUGAUGAAAAGGUUGACGGGAUGGAUGACGGCAACUACCCAGAAUAAACUGGAACAACUAUUACCUGGUGUGGGUAGUGCACCUGUUGACAAAGACAAUAUGGAAACACACAUGACAGUUGUUAUAGUUUUUCUGGGGCGAUGCACUUGUCAUACCCCACAAGACUUUUGGAGUCUCAUCUCUUUACUACUGUAAAGUAGUACUAUAAAGUACUGCCAUCCAGAAACAGACAUCUCUGCGGUGCUGUUAUUAUUAUUAUUACAUUGAGGGAAGUCAGAAGCACAUGCCCACUGUCUGGGUACUAUCUGAAAGACACUGUCUCAUAUCAGUAUUAUUGACGUAUUCUUUGUAGACCAGACUGAUAUGCUGCAGAGCAACUGAUAAAUCUUUUAGGGCUCAGACGUGAGCAUAAACGAAGCCUUGUGUAAAUGAGAGUAUUUACGACUAUCCUCAGAGAGUUUUUGUGUACAGCUCAACAGUUUCCUAUUGCUUGCUAUUUAGGCCUAUUUCUUAUGAUGGACUAAUAACACCAAGGAAAGACAGGAGGUGGAGGGAAGUAAUAUUUUUUUACAAUUAUCUAAGCAAAAUUGAUCUUUUACAAGACUUGAAAAAAUGAUGAGUCUUCAUUCUGUAUAGUGGGUCUUGCUUACUCAUCAUUCUCUCAAUCUAGGUAUUACGCUAUUGUAAUGGUACCCAGAUCAAACACAGCACUCUUUAUCACUUCAUUGGACACACAUAACAUUGUAUACAGUGCAGGAGGACAUCCGCUGUAUCCCUAAACACUGACCGUGUAUGUUCAGUUUUAUGUAUGUUUCUCUUUUUGGUUUUGAAUUUUUGUCUCUCCUUUUUCUAUAAUACCUGAAAUAGGGUCUUGAAGGUGAAAAGGGAAUAGACUAGGGAUGCAAAGGCUAUUGUAUUUACUGCUAGACACACACUUCUAGAAUAAGAGAAGUCCUUAAAAAAAGAAAAGAAACAGCUAAGGAAACAAAAUACUCACAAGGAGACAGGUGAAAUGAUCAGAUAUAAGGACAGUGUACAAGUUCACUGAUCGCUCCUGUGUGGGUGAUCUCACACUGCCUGUGUACCAGCUCAGGGGCUCCUCCUUCAGUGUCAUGCAUUGCUGUACUGAAUGUGUCAUAGCAGGCCGACGUGGCUUGAACCAUUCCAAAGGAACCUCCAAAUAUGGCUGACCGUCUUUUCCCAUCCUUUAUCAAAACAUUGACCGGCCACUUGUUUAAUGGUGUGUUCAGGCUGCCCUCCUGAAUUCAGGAAGUUGACGAAGAGCGCCCAAACACAAUCUGUUUUAGUCUCUGUGAGACUACUGUUUUAUUAAAGAGUAAUUCCGGUUUAAUACAACUUCUUUCUAUCACUAAUAAUAACACUAUAUGCACACCAAUUUAAUUGUUGAGAUCUGGGAACACGGUGACAUCAAUAAAAAGAAGACCAACGGGUCAAGAAACAUGAGCAGUCAAACUAUCAGACUGGUUGGAAACCGACCAACAUGAGCAGUCAAACUUAUUUGGAAGAGAAAACGAAGACAAAAUGUGGAAAGAUCACCCAAGGAUCCAUCAAUAUACCUACCUGUAAGCCUUGGUUUUACUCCCAAUCGGACGUGUACACGGAGAGUUGCACCAUGGCCGCGUAUUACUUCUGUUUAUACUCCUUUCUGGAGUCCACACAUGUGCAGUAGAUCGUUAUGCUACCACUGGUAGCGUAGUGGCGGCGCGGAAAAGUCCGGACAAGUUUGUGUAGUCACAACAAAUUGGAAGUAUGUUUCCAGACAGAGUCUAUGGGUACACCUUCCGAUGCCGAUUUUCGGCACGCGGACCCUUGUGGAUGCGGAAAGUAUAAUUUCGGUUUUAGGCCUUCAGUAUGCUUCUUGGGGAGGAGGCUGAAUCCAACCAUUCUUGUAACUUUCCCAAACCGCCAACUCACCGAUCACUUCCACAGUGAUUGACCAGGUUUGUGGAGGUGUGACAACAGUUUAAACUUCUCCCUCAGGCUUUGAGUGCAACACCUUGACAGCCGGAGGAGAGACCGCCUGAAAGUGGUGCUAUUAAU